AAUUUAUGUUAAACCUAUGGCUAUUGGCAUGUUCAUUAGACAGCUGAGUGAACAGCAAUAAGACAAAUGAGUAUGUGCUGUCUGGGCACAGCUUCACAGAAGAACUUUAUUGCACGACAAUUGUACAUGAUACAUAUCAUUGCCCUACAAAGUCUUCAUUGUUGACUUCAUGUGUUCAUGAUUUAUUCAUGGCUAACACCACACCCCAACUUUCUUUCAGUCACCUGCGUUUCCUCCAAAACACAAAUUCAUGUUCCCGGCCAGCAUAUUUGGUUAAGUCAUUCUCUUCAACUCAAAAUGGUUCUACCAUUGACCGAAACGUAUUAAUCAAUAAUUAUCACCACACUUUCCCAACAACAAGUAUCUCAUGUUGGUGUGGUUCAUUCGUGUCAGCUGUGUCACCAUAUCAUGAUUCAACAAUUGUUGUCGGUCAAUCGAGUCACUGGACCAUGUAAUUUCGAUGAGUUCCCUAUGUUUGUGUAUUGGUGCCCCUCCCAAACAACUACGGUGUAGAAAACCCGCGUUGGUGACAGUGUGUUCUGCAUACGUUCUAGAAAUACUCUCUUAUUGAACGAUGGAAAUGUUCUGUGUGCACAUCAUGUACGUGAUGUCUAUUUUAGCCGUUACUGAAAGUCAGCUGGACAGUUUGGGUAGAACUACGCAGGACUGGGCUUCCUUUAAGGCUGGCUCGCUGCACCCAGGACUGGACGGGAGCGACGCUUUAGUAGGAGACGCAAACUGGGAGAGUUGGCAGGUCUGGAGAACAGGCAGUCCUCUGCCGUCUGGGUACCAACAAUCCCAGAGACCUAACGAGCAAGAACGAUGGACAGAUGUUUCCUCAAGCGUACACAUCCGGAAUAUAGGAUGGCUGUCAGAGGAACACUCGAACCUCAGCACGACGAUACAGUACAACCUCGCCUGGGUGGACCCGAGGCUUGGCGGCCUGGCGGCCUCGUGGUUCCCCAUCCCCGCCGACCUGGCCUGGACUCCGCCGAUAUCUUUCGGCAGGAACGUUCGGCGGACUUCUGUCGUGGACCAGGGAAGCAAGUCGGACAGCGGGAUUUCCAUGUGGCUCCACCGCAGCGGGAUAAUGCUUUACAGUAUAACGCGCACUUUGAAACUUACAUGCAGUGUUCAACUGUGGCGGUAUCCCUUCGACUCGCAAGUGUGUAGUGUGAAACUGCACGGAUAUAAUGGUGUCAUGUUCAACGUACUCACAUCUAAUACAAGUCUUCAGGCUCCCAUCACUACAGACGCUACCGCUGUGAGGUCACAGUACAUGCUAAAAGCGGUGGAAAUCAGGCUAGAGAGGAGCUCUUUCCUGAAUGAAAGGCCAAGCUGUGAGUACUUCAGCCAGAAGUGUGACCAUGACGUUGAACAUUGUCUAAAUGUUGCCUCCUGUCGCGAUGACCAAGUUUGCCAGCAGUGUAAAAGCAGCGUGGGACGAUGUUCACACAGAGUUAACAGCUGCGACGAUCAAAACGAUUCGAAUGAUUACACAACACUGGAAGUGCGCAUCCAUCUGAAACGCCGCCUUCUGUCCUACUUCUUCACAACGUUCAUCCCGUGCACUGUGGUAGUCAUCUCAUCAUUCUUACAAACAUGGCUGCCGCUCGUCCCAUCAGCCAUUGCGGGCCGAUUCGUGUUGGGCAUCUUUGCCGUUCUGGUGAUGAUAUCCGGACACAACAUGAGACAUCUCAUUCUGAGGGUGUCAGAGGCUCGUGCAAUCGACAUCUGGAUUAUGGCGUGUAUUCUGUUCGUCACACUGGCCCUUCUGCAGACAGUGGUUCUGCACUUUGUCUACGACAGGCUUAAGAGAAAGGAAAAGAAGGCGUCGUUGGAGCGCACGCCAUCUUUCCACAUUCCUCGGCCACAUCUGAACCGUCCCCUGAGCUCCUGGUGGUAUCGUCUGCCCAACAAGCAAUGGAUGACCAUGUACAACCCGUACAUACCAUCUUCAUCUGGAGCUGUGGGGGUGGACAUGUCUGCUUACGAGGAGAAGACAACAAAGAGCAAAGUCAAACCACUGGUCAACAUUCCGCGAGCCAAGUUCAGGCAGCCAAGCCUUGCAUCAUGGGAGCAGCUGCCGAGUAAUCAGUGGAAGGUUCAGCUGAACUACGGGUCCAGAGCAAACACCGGGGAGCUCUAUGAGAAGGACAGACUGCCACGAUCCGAGGAGAUGACAAGGAAGAUAGAUCGAGCCUCAAGAAUCGCAUUCCCCUGUGCCUUCUUGGUGUUCAACCUUUGGUUUUGGCUCUUCUAUCUGCUAUUCUAAUGCCUUUUGAUGAUAACGCUCCUUGGAGCAGUGGUUAAAGGAUGAUAAUAGGCGACUGGAAGUGUACUCCAAGACUGACAUAGUUUGAUGUUCUAAGGCUGUAAAACAAUCCAUGUACUUUCCAAAUGAGCCAACUACUUGGGAUCGGGAGAUGCUUACAUGUGAUUCCUGUAUCAUACUUUAUCAUAUUUACUUAUGUUGUGUUUAGUAUAUGUAACAUAUCACAUCAUACAGAUAUAUCAUAUUAAAUGAAAGAGAAUAUAAUAAUAUUUUAAAAUGUUGUAGGGUGUAUUUAACAAAAUGCCAUGUAACGUUAUAGACAAAUGACAUUGACAUGUCAUAUUGACAUGAUAACUUCCAUCUUCAUGUGAUGACAAAUAGAGAUAAGAAUCUUUACAUUAAGGAGAUAACUAAUAUACACACAAAGAGGCGCACUGUUUUAUUUUUUUCGUAGCCACAAAUUACAUGUACUCGGUGAUAUACAGAAAAAUAUUAAUAAACUAUACAGUACAGUUUACCACGCGUGCCCUUGUGAUGUUUUGACUUGACUGGUUCUUCUUCGCGAUUACACGCAAUGUGACAUCUACACAAUGAAAUAAGAAAAAGCAUCAGGCAUGCUGGAAAUAAUGGUGUAUUGUAUGAAACAU